AUGGACAAGUACCGACGUGUAGAAAAGCCUCACCGCAACGAACAGACAAUGGAAGUAGAGCAUAAUGAAAUUCGCAUCACGCAGCAGGGUAAAGUGCGUAGCUAUAUCUCUUAUGGCCACGGCCUUUUCGUUGAAAAAAAUGAACGUUGCGUGGUAUUAAAAGCCAUGGGCAAUGCAAUCAGUAAAGCAGUGACAGUGGCAGAGAUAUUAAAGCAUCGAGUGGCCAAGCUGCAUAUGGUGACACGUAUCUCGUCUAUUGAAACGGUGGACGUGUACGAUCCACUGGAGGAAGGAUUGGACCGCAUUGAGACGAAGCGCAAAAUCCCGAGCAUUUCGAUUCAAUUGUCACUGGAUGAGCUGGAUAAAGACGAUCCAGGAUAUCAAAGUCCUAUUCCAGCGGAACAAGUAACAGAAGGUUCGCCAUCGUAUCAUGACUCUCGUGAGUUUAGGAAGGCACGUGGACAUAACAGACGAUCGGGUGGUAAUGGUGGACGUGGUGGAGAAGCUAUAAGUGCAGCUGAAGCUGAGGAGACGGUUGAGGCUGAGGAGGAAGAUGAGCCGCAGACACCCAAUGAGGAGGAUGGAGCCAUGGGUAAUACACCGACGACUCGUGGAAAACGAGGCAAGGGACGAGGUCGUAGACAAAGUGGCAACAAUGGGGGACGGAGCAAAAAGACAGGUGGAAGACAUCCGGCUGAGGAAGGAGAUUACAAUGCAGUAGCUAGUAGUGCAGCAGAGCAGCAAGUAGAAAGCGAGAUCUCUCCUUCCGUUUCGACAAGCCGAAAGUCUGGACGUGGAAGAAAAGGCGAGAGAACGCCAACUAACGGUGAUGAUAUCAAGCAGGGUGGAGAAAGCGAAGGUGACAAUGAAGCCCGUGAGAGUGGACAGGGGAAUGGCCGAGGUGCUCGAGGUCGCCAUUUUGGACGUGGGCGUGGUCGCGGUCGAGGACGCGGCCGUGGAGGACGUGGCGAAAACAUUCGACGUGAUGGAGAUGGUGGAUCUCUAGCAAUUUCUUCUUCGGAUGCUGCUGGGGAGUAA